ACGUUAAGUCUGGAAAACUAGUUACAAAUGCCAUGUCUCGCUACGAGUUGGCAAAAAAUUAAAUAAGCGUACCCGCCUCCUUCGAUUAAACGCCUCCCUCGUAUAAGACUUAUAAGCGCCCGCGUCUUCUCCUAAAUUUGAAACAAGCGCUCCAGGCGCUAAUUGGAGGAUUUACGGUAUUUUGUUUUGCUGUCUUGAGUCAGUUACAUAGCUGAAGUUCAAAUACUAGCCAGACGUCACUGGUAGUUUCGUGAAAUGCUUUCAUCUUGUUUACAUAAGUCACGACACAGCUUCGAAAGACUUUGGGAUUAAAAAAAAAAAAUUAACCAUUCAUCGAAAAUACAGCUGGCGUUUCAUACGCAAAUCCCUCUAUUUUUAUCAUAUGGCGCUUUUUUUCUCUAUAAGUAAAAUCAUUACAUUUCAAAAGAACGGUUUCAUUCACAAAUAUGAUGAACUGUGCGCAGUGCAAGAAAAAUCCGUUUUUGUUCUACUUGUCAACGAGUUCUGUUUGUCCAUUUUUGUCUCGGACAAGAAGGUCAGAAUUGUGUACAUAUGACCAUUGGCACAGCUGUUUCUCGUCAGCUCCUGUUUUUAUCGCAAAUGUGUCUAUUACACAAUGGAAACACGGAAAACACUCUUUUUCAACCAAUCAGAUCGCGGAAAUUCAUAUAAACGUAUUUUCUUAAGAAAGACUGACCAGCACAAUAUCAUUCACGCCUUGUUUUAGUUUCAUGAGCUCUGUGAAAUAACUGAACACAAAGCAAAAGCUAGUUAACUUUGACCCGAAUUGUGGGGGAGGGAAAACAAAAUAUAACCAGCGCGAAUUAAUUAACUCUUUUAAAAAUUUGAAACUUCAUUUGCCGCUCAGUUCGUCUUGUAGACUACAGUUGGCUGGCGUCGGUUUUUGUUCCUGAAAUCCCUCGCGAGAUUGGAAAAGUCUAAAUUUUACUUUGCACUCCUGUAUCAGUUCCGUUGCAAGCUGGGAAAAGAAAGAGACUGCUGGUAGUGUAUUCGUCUUCCUUGAGUUUGCUGUCCAUGGUUAGUCCUAUCUACUCUAUCUAUAUGACAUAAUUUGACAGUAGAACAUUGUCAAAUAGCUUUUGAACUGAAUGAACAUCAGAGAAAUGUUUUCCCCAAAAGUUGCAGUAGCAUAGUUGAAGCUGGCCAACUGAUAAUCAAGUUGCCAUAAAUUGAGACAAUCUGCAUGAACAAGUUUAAUUGCGGAUAUAUACGUUGCCUUCGUGAACAACUAGUUCCGGAAGUUUUUUAUUAGAGUAGAGAAUCUUACAGCCCCUGAAAGUAUCAGCGCCUCUGAUAUUGAGCAAACACUGAAGUUUUUUAAUUGACAAAGCAAUGUUUUUCUUGUAGAUAUGGAUGUUUUACACAGCUGUGCCUGUUGCUGCGUAACCAUGCGCUCUCUACGAUAUAUCAAAGCAAAAUGCAAAUUCGCGAGGAAAAAGGACAGCGCCGAACAUUUUAUGAGAGGGCAGACAAUUUGUUUUAUCAUCGCGACUCACGGGACUUGCCUUGAUCACCACAACAGCCAGGAUAGCCUAGAAUUUUCUUCUUACAGUUCUGUUCACGACAUGUCCAAAGAAACUAAAGAAAACCCUACACUAACGAAUAAACAUGAAGAACAGAAUAAGACUUGUCUUCCAAGAACUUUCCAGUGCCUGCGCAAGCCGCUGACAACAGUGCUUGAAUUUUGUGAUACCUACUUCUUAGCCAUCGGGAUGAUUUUCAUGGUGAUCGUGGGAUCACAGUGGCCGGAAUUAGGGACGCUUCUCCCCGCUUAUUAUUUCCCCCAAAUCUGCUUUGGUGUGUGUUUCUUCUUGUGUGGCCUGCGCACGACUACAGAAGAGCUUAUUACCGCUGUCAAGUCUUACAAAGCUAUCGCGUGGGGUAUCCUAACAAUACUCUUGGUUCUUCCUAUCACGGGAACACAAAUUACAAAGACCAUUCAAUUUGCGACAAUGAGGGAGGAUAACAUGACUACCUCGCAGUCCACUGUUGUUGGAAAUGUGACCGCUAUUGGCCCCACGGAGUUUGCUUUCGCGCUGCAAGUGUUUUUCACUGUUCCAGCGAGUAUGGCGGCCGGAGCAGUGUUGUCCUUGUUAGCAGGUGGGAAUUUCUCCCUGGCGCUGUUAUUGAUGACGAUAACAAAUGUUGCCGCCAUAUUUACUGUGCCACCCAUGCUGGUGUGGAUGACAGAGCUCAGCAGCGGAGUGAACGUCGCAAGAUUUGGAAUUCUUAUGCUUAUCUUUUUCCUGGGAUCUGUUCUACCAGCUAUUAUCGGCACGUUGCUGAGACUCGUUAAAGUUGUGGCUGAAAAAGCGGAUUCGUGCGACAGAUGCAUCCACUACGCUAUAAUAACACUGCUUCUCCUCUCCACGUGGCCUCUGGUGAGCAAAGCACAAGUUGAGGAACAAUACAACAAUAUAGUGUCCAUGAAUGUUCUUAUCAUCGUUGGCUACUCGUCAAUUAUGCACGUCAUGUUCUUACUACUCAACUGGAUCGCGGCAGGCUUUCUUGGUCUCAGUUCGCCGGUUAAAAAGACUGUCGUGAUCCUCGGGAGUCACAAGGCUUUGUCAUUCGCUUUAAAGGUACUCAGGUUUCUGACAACAAACGUCGGCUCUAGGAGACUUAUGUCCAUUGUUUGUGUGAUCGCGUACUUGACGCUGCUUGUUUUGGAUUCAGUGAUCGUCUGUAAAUGGGCCACCAUCACGGACGACGAGACAGAAGAGGAUAAAUCGAAACAAAAUGGAAAAUACGGAACGUUACCACAGGAUAGCGACUGAGAGUGGCGAUGCAAACAUGCUUUUUUCGCAAACGUCGGUAAUUGCAUAGUUAUGGACUUAGUUUCUUAAUGCAGGAAGUACUCUAGGUAAAUUACAUUUUCGUCGCAAAUGGAAAAUACGGAACGGUACCACAAUGGUAGCGGCAUGGAGAAGCGAUGGAAACCUUCUUUUUAGCAAACAUCGGUAAUCGUAGAGUUACUUACUGACUCAGUUUCUCAAUGGAAGAAGUUUACCCUAGGCUAAAUUACAUUCUCGGGGAACACUUUGCGGGACCUUUGUACAACCUGGUGAAUCAGGGCGAGGUUUAGUUUUUUUAACUUAAAUAUUUUUACAAAUUGUUUACCUUUUAGCGACCACUUUGCGGGACGUUUGUAUAAGCUGGUGAUACAUGAAAAAGUUUUUUCUUUUGAAAUAUUUUUUUCAAAUUGAAAAGGAAAUCAUUUUCCUUUUAGGGGACAAGGAGGCAUUAAUUAAUUAGAAUUGAAAAUUAAAUUGAAUUAGAUUUUUGUAAUUUGGGAGAGUACUAUAUUUUGCUACGGAAAAAUGAAAUAAAGCAAGGAUAAGAAAUACAAGAAUUUGCGUAAUAUACUUCUUGAAACUCGAUAGACUAAAGGUGAUGAUUUACCAAUGCGCUGGUAAAUUGUGUUAGGUGCCAAAGUAACUGUUUUUCUUUCAAGAUGGCCGCUAUGACGUAAGUAUGGUUGAGAGGGGUUUGGAAAACCGGGGGUACUUACCAUUUACAUGGGAAAACCGGA